AGUCUUCCCUGUGCCUCGGCGAUGGGUGGACCGACGGCGCCUCGGAGCAUGGACAGAGGCACAGAUCGUGACCAAGAGAGCUGACCGGACGAGCGCCGCCGCAGAAAGAGUGAGCGCGUGUGGGUGGAUGUGUUUCAAGCGAGAGCUGUGCUGGAGAGGACGAAACAGACCAGAGUUAUCGUUGACAUAAAGUGGUAAACAAGCUGCAUAAUCAAAGUGUUGAGGUGACUUCGAUUAGAAGUUCGCGGUGUUUAGUCAGCGCAUGGCCUUAGAAUUGACUGGUGUAGUUGCUGAAGAUAGCUUUCAAUAAGUGUCAGCUAAACGGAUAUGGUGAACUACAAGAUUGUAUAGCGACAGACGAAACAAUUUGCAGUAACUCGUUCCUUCAUCCUUGCUGGGUUAAACUUCAGCUUCAGCAAUCCAUCGUCAAGAAAAAAGAGCUUCUUCAACGACAGUACGGCAACGGGUGAAGGCGGUACAUGUGCCACAAGUCACCGCCAUCGUCGCCAUACUCUCCGGUAGCCCGUGUGCCGACAUUCUUUCAGGCCCGGCCUGGCGAUGCAGCCGUCCGUGCUCGCCGUGCUCGCCCUGCUGGCUGUCCUGCCGGCCACCGCCAACCCAGACGCUUCCCGGCUCUAUGACGACUUGCUAUCCAACUACAACAAGCUGGUGCGGCCCGUGGUGAACACAACUGAUGUGCUGCAGGUCUUCAUCAAACUCAAGCUCUCCCAACUCAUUGAUGUGAACCUGAAGAGUCAAAUUAUGACAACCAACCUGUGGGUAAAACACGCAUGGUACGACUACAAGCUGACCUGGUCACCUGAUCACUACGGCGGAGUGGAGAUGCUGCACGUGCCCUCCGACCACAUCUGGAGACCCGACAUUGUGCUCUAUAACAACGCCGACGGCAAUUUCGAGGUGACCCUGGCCACGAAGGCUACCCUCUACUAUAACGGGCUGGUGGAAUGGGAGCCGCCGGCCAUCUACAAGUCCUCGUGCGAGAUCGACGUCGAGUACUUCCCGUUCGACGAGCAGACGUGCGUUAUGAAGUUUGGCAGCUGGACCUACGACGGGUUUCAGGUGGAUCUGCGUCACUUUGACGAGAUCGAGGGCCAGGAUCUGGUGAAGAGAGGGGUGGAUCUGUCCGAGUUCUACAUGUCUGUGGAGUGGGACAUACUGGACGUCCCAGCAGUCAGGCACGAGAAGUUUUACACUUGCUGUGAUGAGCCGUACCUGGACAUAACGUUCAACAUUACCAUGAGGAGGAAGACGCUGUUCUACACGGUCAACCUCAUCAUCCCCUGCAUGGGAAUCUCAUUUCUCACCGUUCUCACAUUCUAUCUGCCCUCCGACAGUGGAGAAAAGGUGACGCUGUCCAUCUCCAUUCUCAUCAGUCUGCACGUGUUCUUCCUGCUGGUCGUGGAGAUCAUCCCGCCGACGUCACUGGUCGUCCCGCUGCUCGGAAAAUACCUCAUAUUCGCAAUGAUACUCGUAUCAAUAAGUAUCGUGGUGACCGUGCUGGUGCUGAACGUGCACUGGCGGUCACCGCAGACCCACCGAAUGGCGCCCUGGGUGCGGAGGCUCUUCAUCCAGCUGCUGCCCCGCCUGCUGGUCAUGCGGCGACCGCGGAAACCUCCCAAAAGCGGCUGGCGGCCGGGGGAGCCUCUGCCCGGCUGUAGCUCGGUGCGGAACUCAUCCACCGGUAACCUGACGGGCUCUCAGUCGCUCUCCUCCGUCGAGGGGAUUCAACUGUGCGCAGAGAGGCACUAUUCAGAGUCGGUCAUCAACCCGUCGUGCCAGGUGCACGGCGGAGAGGCGAGCGACUGGAGCCCCCUCUGUGACCGGGUGCCUGUUCUCGGUAACCGGUCGCGCCUCGGGCUGGCCGGCUGCUCACAGGAGAUCCAUCGGGUCAGCUGGUGUGUCAACUUUAUCGCCGAGAACACCAAGAACAAGGAAGAUCAGCUGGCUGUGCGCGAGGACUGGAAGUACGUGGCGAUGGUGCUGGACCGGCUGUUCCUCUGGGUGUUUCUGCUGGCUGUGGUGGUCGGCACGGCUGGUAUCAUCCUCCAGGCGCCGUCUCUGUACGACGACCGGGUCGCACUCGACCUCAAAUACUCAGAGAUUGGGCGGUUCCGGCGGAGAAAGUGAGAUGACAGCGCCACUGGCGGACGAUAUAGGAAGCUGUGCUUUGUGCUGGCGCUCGUCAAGGGAUAUGGCGAUGGUUGUUGAGGUGCAGCGUAGGACUGAAAAUGGUCUGUGAAUUGUGACAAGAGUAGGUUUAUGAGUGAGGUUAUGCAUGCCAGUGCUCGUGAUUGGACUGGAUACUUUAUUGAUGAAUAGCAAUUUGAUGAAGUCAGCAAUGACACCUUUGUUAUUCCUGCAUGUAGCGAAAACAAAACUUUGUGUGGGCAAGGAGACACGAGAGUGUUAUGGACGUAACUUGCCGGUGUAUAUUAACAUGGUCAUAAUUAUCCUAUUUAUAUUGUAUAAUUACUGGGAUAUACGGUACAACUAGUAGUCAUAUAAUAUCAAAUUUACUUCAAAAAAAGCAUUUGCAUGAAGUGCACCGACAACAAUUCGCAGGUUAUCCCUUCUCUGUCAGUUACUUAGGUAUGCAUUUAUACCGAUAAAUUAUUUAUAUGUUUACUAUAAAUUGUUCACGGUUGAUGUUUUUAGCAGGGUAUAAACUAUAGACAUUCAUUGCAAUUUAGGCACAGGAGCAUUUACUCAAUCGAUACUAUACAUGUUGAUUUUGUUAUAAAUUCAUCACCGGUUUGACGUUUACACCUUCUUGGGCAUGAAGUCAAGCGCGUUUUGUCAACAUGUCUCAGCUGAGAUAGCGCGAAAUGCCUGUGGAGUUUUCCGUGAAUUGCAGAUAUUAUUAUUUUUAGACUGCCAACCUGUCUAGCAUUCGUGAUACACAAAUAAUUCAUUUCAAGCAUUCCGAAGGAUGGUUCCCAUGGACUUGUACAGCCCACCGAUAAAGUAAUGUGUGGUUUUACCAAUCUCAACGGAUGGCUUUGACCGACUAUUUUUAAAUGCGGACUGAUUGAAAAGAAGACGUCAAUAGAUAACGUUGUAGCUGGCAGCUGCAAGGGUGAAGAUACAUUAAGCAACAUUUAAAGUCUCGUUGCAGUCUGGCUGAUCGUUCCUAGGCUUCAGAAGCAGAACAUACCCAUGACUGAAACCACACAUUACUUCUGCUGUGGACUGUACCAUGUCAGUCACUCCCCGUUCAUUUCUACGCGUGUUGAAAUGUGCUCAAAUGUCCAUGUAUCCAUAGGAGUCAGAGAUUCGAGACCCUAUCAAUCUUCCCACCAUCAAUACAGUGCAGCGCUGAGGGCGCAACACCUGUCGAGAGGUUGGCAAGCAUGGUAUCUGAAACUCACGCUAGCAUUAGUCCCUCGUGGUAUGGCCGUCUUUCGAGCGUGUCGUCCCACCACAUUGAUAUGCGUCGCUACGGUGACGCGUUGUGACGCUGUGCGCCGCUACUGUGGCAAGUUGUGACGCUGCGUACCACUGCUGUGACGCACUGUGACACUGUGCGGCCAUGGUGGCGCCGUCACUGCGUUACGUCUGUGUGACGCAAGUAUUCAUUGCGAAAAUGUGACGUCUGCUCCCGUGAUGCGUCUCAGUAGAGAGAAUGUUAUGCGUUCAAUGAACGUUUGCGAGGAUAGAUGAGUAACGGAUCCGACGCAUGACAAUAAACUGACAAGUGACAA